AGAUGAAUUUGGCGCACUUUUUUGAGUGUUCUUACCCUUUCUUCUUUGUGUUCGUGGUUGUUCAUUCAAAAUGUAUGCUUAAAAAGCGAAACUAUAAAAACUUUUUUGGGUGUUCGUUAGGCAUUGCCAUACUCAGCUCGACGAGCUCUAUCGAUUGGCUAACUCAGAUUUUAAUUGAAGGUGUUCGUGGGUGUUCGCGUCUUUUAGCAAUACCCUAGAAAUCACUAUGAAAAAAAACUCCUUGAUUUGUAGUAGGUCUCUGAAGAGAUUUUUGAUGAAGAUAAAGUGAUUUUUUGAGUCUUCGUAAACGACUAACUGCAUUAUCAUUCAGUUUUAUUAAUAAUAAGAACUUCUAAUUUCGAAACAUGAUAAAAUAUAGUAGAGAGUAUUAAGUGUUAAAUGACCAUGUUUGCGACUUGUUUGUUUAAAAUAAGACUAGCGAAAAUCUCAUUAAAAGUCUGAAGCGAAUUUUAUUCAAAUUGUUUUAUUGUAGAAAUGUACUGACAUCAUUCAUCAAGGAUUGUAGAAGAAAAAGUGUUUUGAUAUUAAGAUGAGUAAUAGAAUGGAAAUCAAUUAUUUGUUCUUGUAUAUAAUUUUAUGCGUAGAUUCUUUUCUCAGAUAAGAUGAAUCUUUGAGCGUAUUACUAUACGCAAUGUUGUAUACUGACUUUAGAACAUAACAGUGGCGAAUUUAGGGUACUGGUGGCCGCCAGCGCUGAAAUUUUUAAUUUCAUACUAUUAUACUCUCCUUUUUGUGCAACGUCCCGAAUACAUAGUACUUUUCAACGAUUGUGUUUUUUAUUAUAAAGAUAUUUAAAAACAGUAAGAAAGACGAGUAUACAAUCCAUUAACUAUCUUUUCUAUAAAUCCGUCAGCAUCGAAAAUUCUUUCGAGACCCGCCACUGGAGCACAACGAUAUUAAAAGGCUCUAAAAUUAGUUUUAAUACAUACAUAUCUACUCGUAGAUUCAUUACUCUAUAUUUUUUGUGAUCUGAACAAAUACACUCGAAAAGUGAAUGCGCUUCAAAUCAUUUUAAUAUUUCAGGAUGUAAUCAUUCUGUUGCUUUGCUAUUGACGCUCCUUGAACAGCAGUGUCUGAUAAGAGAAAAGGUGUAAUUUCCUCCACUAUGACUUCAAUACAUGUUGUAUGGUGUGCUUAAAUGAGUUUUUUAGUGAUGCACUGGAGAGCUUUUAAUGCGAGAGUCAUUGACAAGAAACCAAUCAGAUCUAAGCAAAUGUAAAUAUUUUGAACUAUCCAGCAUGAAAAUACUUUUGAAAAUGUUUAAAGUUAAAAAUCUGAUCAGAUUGAUUUACUAUUUGUAAUUAACUUGUUCUUUCUCCUUUUAAUAUAUAUUUUCUUCUCAGUUUAACAAAUUUCAUCAGUCAUAUAUGGAGAGACUGAGUUAAAUCAAUUUUUUUAGUUCAUUAUGAGUAUUUACGUUUCUACUUUGUCUUAAGUUCAUUACAAAUAUGUAAAUAAUACAUUCAUCGUGGAUAAUUCGUUUUUAAUAGAGAAUAGAAUAUUCUUGAUGUAUAAUUUGCACAUUACAGUGUAGUUCAUAAUGAUGUAAUUGAUGUUGGAAUGUUCAAGGGUGAUUUUAGUAUAAGGACAUUCAUUAUGAGAUGUAGGAAGGACUCGGAAAGAGAGAGCAAGGAAGAGCGUAUAACUUUUCUUCAUUGGCCACUACUUUUUUUCAUUUUUUGUUUUUUUUUCUUUUCAGGAAGGCACAGUAUAUGAAAAUGGAACGUUCGAACUUGAUAUUCAAUUUCCUACAGAUUACCCGUUUAAGCCGCCAAAAGUAUCAUUUAUAACAAAAAUUUAUCAUCCAAAUGUGAGUAAUGGAAGUAUUUGUCUUGAUAUUCUCAAAGAGAAAUGGAGUCCGGCAUUAACAAUAUCAAAAGUUUUAUUAUGUAUCUUAGCAUUGAUGUCUGAUCCAAAUCCAGAAGAUCCACUUGUACUUGAAAUUGCCGAACUUUAUAAAACGAAUCGUGCCGGUUAUAACGAUACAGCAAAAGCAUGGACAAAAGAAUAUGCAAUAAACAAAAGAAAUUAA